UCAUAUUGACGUUGAGUCUAGGCAAUCGCUGGAAUGUCGUUUCCAAUGAAUUUACUUAAUAAAUACCCAGUUCUUUGUCUUCGUAUUUUUAUUUAUUCUUUUGGUAUUCCAUCAGAUAAUAGAUAUCCAUUGUUCAUAUCAACACCGCAAUAUUUCAAGCUCUAGUCCUGUCAUCAUCGAUUUUAUAUUAUCAUAAUACAGCACUUUUCGCCAAAAACCACAAUGUCUCGCGCAGUUCUCAUUGCCGGAGCCACUGGAAAGCAGGGCGGCGCCGUUGUGAGCGCAUUAAUCAAAGCCAAUGCCGACUUCGAAAUUCUAGCCCUCACGAGGGAUUCCCAAUCAGCUUCUGCUCAACGACUCCUGAAGAAAUCGCCUAAGAUCAAGCUUGUUACAGGAAACAUGGACGCGCCUGACGAUAUCUUCGCCAAAGCUAAGGAAGUGACCAAGACGCCUAUUUGGGGAGUCUACAGCGUACAGGCAGCAAUUGGCGGCGGUGCCACAUUUCGAACCGAGGAGGUGCAAGGAAAGGCUCUGAUCGACGCAUCGCUCAAGAACGGCGUCAAGCACCUAGUCUACUCCUCAGUCGAUCGCGGCGGUGCCAAGUCAGACGAUAGCCCGACGGAUAUCCCACAUUUCAUUAGCAAGCACAACAUCGAACAAUACCUCUACGAGAAGACGAAAGGCGGCGAGAUGAACUGGACUGUCCUCCGACCCGUUGCUUUCUUCGAGAACCUCGUGCCAGGCUUCAUGGGCAAGGUCUUUGCUACGAGCUGGAAGAUCGCCCUCGACAAGAACCGGAAACUGCAGCUGAUCGCCACCAGCGACAUCGGGUUCUUCGCCGCCGAGGCUUUCAUCAAGUCGGAGGAGUACAAGAACAAGAAAGUCAGUCUUGCAGGCGAUGAACUGACCUACGACCAAUUCGCGGCUACCUUCAAGCAGAAGACCGGCGACGAACUACCCACGACCUUCCAUUUCGUCGCAUCAAUCAUCAACUGGAUGGUGAAGGAGCUCGGGUAUAUGUUUAGGUGGUUUAACAACGUCGGAUACGGGGCGGACAUCUCGUCUCUGAGGAAGAUCAACCCCGAUCUCAAGGAUUUUGGUACAUGGCUGGAGACGGAGAGUGAGUUCAAGACUCGAAAAUAGGUGGCGGUGCGGGUAUUAGAUAAUGUAACUGUAUUCAAAGAAAUGCAAUAAAUACGAGAUAAUCAAAGCACUGGGUAAAUUUCAUAUACAUCCAUGGAUACCAUAAAUUUUAGCUCAU